CGUAUACAUUCAUAAAUUUUCUGCGUGACUAUGGAAUCGAGACAUUCUGGUGAAGAUAUGUUACGGUGUCAUCUCUGUGAGACCCCGGUCCCGCCCUUGUACUGCGACAUUUGUCACAUACAUUUGUGUAAAGCCUGUGUUGGGGAACAUCUCCUAGAUGAAUCCAAAGAGCACAAAGUUGUGCCUUUUAAGAAGCGGGGACAUGCUACCAACUGUCAAAAACAUUCCUCAAAAAUAUGUGAACUUUACUGUGAACAUUGUAACAUUCCUAUUUGUGUACUCUGUGUUUCCUCAAAGGAACACCACACUCAUUCUGUGGUAGACAUUUUGAAUAUUUUAGAAAGCAAAAAACAUGUCCUACAGAAAGAUUUACAGGAAUUGGAGAAAUCCAUUUAUCCUAAAUAUCAAAAGAUUGCAUCGAGCAUUCCGGUACAGAAAGCUAAUUUAAACAAAAACUCACAAAAAAUAACAACAGCUAUCAGCAGACAUGGAGAAGACUUGCACAGAGAAGUAGACAACAUUGUCAAAAAGCUCAAAACUGAUCUUUCGGAAAUUGAUUCCAAAAACCUUGCUGUUCUAAAUAAAGAGGAAGAUGACAUCAAACACACCAUUUCUGAAAUAACGCAAAGCAUUGCCGAACUGAAGAAGUUAAUGAAUUCUGAUGACGUCAGUCUUGUUUCUGCCUACAAAUCCAGGAAUGCCGAAUUCAGAAGACUGCCUCUAAAACUCACGGUUUCUUUACCAAGUUUUAAAUCCAAGAAGAUCAACAAGGCGCAUUUUUAUCAGCAGUUUGGUUCCCUGUCAGCUUCAUCCCCCAAAACAGAGGAGGGUCACUACUACACGAUGGAUGUCCCUGAUGCUAAGUCCUCUCUCCAGGACAGACCGCUCAUCAGUAAACCACGCGUCCUCACGGAUAUUAACACUGAGUUUGGAAUCUCUAAUAACCUGCGCAGUGUGUCCUGUCUGGGUGAUGAGCAAAUGUGGAUGUGUGGUAAUGACAUCAUUAUGAGACUCUACAAUCUCCAUGGGGAACUAUUGAAGUCGAUACAAACCAAGUCAGGAAACAGGCCGUCAGACAUAGCAGUGACAAGGACUGGGGAUCUGGUUUAUACUGAUUACAAUGAUAGAACUGUUAAUGUACUGAAGAAUACACAGAUACAGACAGUGAUCAGACUUCGGGGGUGGAUACCUCUCAAUGUUUGUAGUACCUCCUUUGAUGACAUCCUAGUUGCCAUGCUCAGUGAAGACAUGAAACAAACAAAGGUUGUGCGUUACUCAGGAUCCACAGAAAAGCAAAGUAUUCAAUUCAAUGACAAUGGAGAACCAUUAUAUUCAUCUGGCGGUUAUAAUACUAAAUACAUCAGUGAGAACAGGAAUCUUGAUAUAUGUGUAGCUGACCAAAGAUUCCGUGCAAUCGUGGUGGUCGAUCAAGCCGGAAAAUUUCGGUUUACGUAUACUGGUUCUAAAUCUACCAGCAAAGAAUCAUUUGAUCCACGCGGCAUCACCACAGACAGCCAGAGUCGGAUCCUUGCGGUAGACUUUAACAACAACCACAUCCACAUCCUGGAUCAGGACGGACAGUUCCUCCGCUACAUUGACAACUGUGAUUUACUCGGUCCAUGGGGCGUAAGUGUGGACACCAGAGACAACCUCUUUGUGGCCGAGUUUAACACAAGUAAAGUGAAGAAAAUCCAAUAUUAACUGCAAACUAUUUAAAGCAAAUUAUAUUUAUUAAAGAUUGUGCAAGCAGAUGUUAAAUUCAAAUACAUGUGGCGACUGUCUUUAAAAAUAUCUGCGGGGAGGACGUACAACGUAAUAGUUCAGGCUAA